CAGCGGUAAACGAGGCCACGCAUUGUCUGCCCCCCGCCCUCCCUCUGCUUGUCAGGAAGCAAGCUGAUUGGCCGAGGCCUAGCAAAGGGUGCCCGGGGAUCCAAAACUGCAGGCCGCACUUAGCUUACCGUCAAAAAUAAACCAAAACAAUAACAGACAAAAUUGAGAAGGGGGAGAUACACCGAUAGAGUCGGAAGACGACGUUAUAAGGGGGAUUGCUAACCUUGAUGGAAGAAAGCACAUCAAAUAUCUCACUGGUUUUAUUUUAAGGGGUUUGUCAUCCAAUGUGAAGCCCCGUUUGCCGAGUGAAGACAUGGAUCAAGGAGGAGGGGUGUUGGAGCUUCACACUCAGGAGCUGAAGAUGCCCCAUGCUAUGAUCAUGCAAGACUUUGUUGCCGGCAUGGGGGGCCUGGCUCACAUUGACGGUGAGCACAUUGUGGUGUCAGUGCCCGAGGGUAUGCUUCUUUCUGAUGUGAUGACAGACGAGGGCAUCCUUCUGGAACAUGGUCUUGAGGUGGAAGGCCUAGAGACUCAGGUGGUACAUGGCCUGGAGACGGAGGUGGUGGAAGGACUUGAAACAGAAGUGGUGGAAAGCCUACAUGCAGAUGUAGAGGGCUUGGAGGCAGAAGUGGUUGACGGGCUGCAGACACAUGUGGUAGAGCUGGAGGCUGAGGUUGUCGAGGGCCUAGAAGGCGAGGUGGAAGUUGAUAGCCUGGAAGCGCACGUGGUAGAGGGCCUGGAAAGUGAGGUGGAUGUUGAGGACCUGGAGGCUCACGUUGUUGAGGGCCUUGAGGAGGAGGUGGAAGUGGAGGGUUUAGAAGCUGAGGUUGUGGAGGGCCUGGAGGUAGACGUGGAAAGUCUGCAAUCUCAAGGAGUAGAGGCCCAUGAAAUCACCAGCGAAGACAUGGUGGCCUCUGAACACAGUGUGAUUAUGCCUGAGAAUAUCUUGGGCACAGAGGUUGCAAUAGAGGAAGCGCUGGACGCCCAUCAUCAUCACCACGUCCUCACCUCAGAUCUCAUUCAGGACACAAACCACCACCAUGAUGACAUGCCAGACCAGGUGUUUGUGGCAGAGCUACUGUCUGAGCACCAGGACAACACUCUGGACCACCAGCUUGUAUCAGAGGGUCUGAUGGUGACAGAGGCCAACGCUGAGACAAUAAUCCACGAGCAGCUGCCAACAGAGGCUGUUCCUCUUCAAACAGAUGAGGAGGAUGAUGCAAGAAGCAGCUCAGAGGAUUACCUCAUGAUCUCCUUGGAUGAGGUCGGAGAGAAGUUGGACAUUGGAGACACUCCCCUUGAGAUCAGCACUGAGGUAAUGGAAGACAAGGAGUCUAAAGAGGAGGACGGCUCUGAAGUCAUCAAAGUCUACAUUUUCAAAGCUGAAGCAGAUGAUGAUCUAGGUGGAACAGAGGUAAUAACAGAGGAUGAUUACCAGAAUGGCCAUCCUGAUCUGGAAGCUGCAUCAUCUGGCAGACUUGGAGUUGGCCGUGACAAAAUGGUCUACAUGGCAGUAAAGAACCAGCCAAAAGAGGAAGAUGAUGAUGACGACGACAGUGAAGAUGAUGACGAUGAUGACAUCAGUCAUACUAUCGAUCAGGUGAAGAAUGGAGCAUCUACACCAUUUUUGCAAAUUCGAGAAGGGCUUGGUACUAACCGUGCAAUCAAACCAAAACCGAAGAAGAAGAAAAAAGGAGAGACGAGACAGUGUCAGACUGGUAUGCACAGCUGGAAUGUGCUGGAAUCUGUUAUCAUUGGACCAGAUGGGAUGCCUUUGACCGUCUACCCCUGUCACAUAUGUGGAAAGAAAUUUCGCUCGCGAGGCUUCCUCAAAUGCCACAUGAAGAAUCAUCCGGACCACCUACUCAAGAAGAAGUACCAGUGUACAGAUUGUGACUUCACCACCAACAAGAAGGUCAGUUUCCACAAUCACCUGGAGAGUCAUAAGCUGCUGAGCCACAACAGUGAGCGCUCUCCGGAAUACACAGAGUACACUCGACGCUACCAUGAGUCCAGUCCCUUGGGCUCUGACAAGCUCAUCGUCAAAGACCGGGAGCCCAAACUGCAUCACUGCAAGUACUGCGAUUAUGAGACCGCUGAACAGGGUCUGCUUAACCGUCACCUGCUGGCCGUGCACAGUAAGAACUUUGCUCACGUGUGCGUGGAGUGUGCCAAAGGCUUUCGCCAUCCAUCAGAGCUGAAGAAACACAUGCGGACCCACACAGGCGAGAAGCCCUAUCACUGCCCGCACUGCGAGUUCCGCUGUGCAGACCAGUCCAACCUAAAGACUCACAUCAAGAGCAAGCACGGCGCUGAUCUGCCUUUUAAGUGCAGCCACUGUCCUCAAGCUUACGCAGACGCACGAGAACUCCAGCGCCACAUAGAGAUGGUGCAAGGCCACAAGACCCACCAGUGCCCACACUGUGAGCACAAGAGUACCAACUCCAGUGACCUGAAACGACACAUUAUCUCAGUACACACCAAGGACUUCCCCCAUCAGUGUGAUGUGUGCGAGAAAGGCUUUCACAGGCCCUCAGAGUUGAAGAAACACGCGGAGACACACAAGGGCAACAAGGUGCACCAGUGUCGGCAUUGUAAUUUCAACGCCCCGGACACCUUCACCUUGAGUCGCCACAUCUUGUCCUUGCACACGAAGGACCUCCCUUUUAAGUGCAAGCGCUGCCGGCGAGGUUUCCGGCAGCCUGCUGAGCUGAAGAAGCACAUGAAGACACACAGUGGUAGAAAGGUUUAUCAGUGCCAGUAUUGUGAGUAUAACAGUACGGACGCUUCUGGCUUCAAACGCCACGUCAUCUCCAUUCACACCAAGGACUACCCCCACCGCUGUGACUACUGCACCAAGGGCUUUAGGAGGCCUUCUGAGAAGAGCCAGCACAUAGCCAGGCAUCAUAAAGACAUGUUGAUGUAAUGUCAUUGCACACACACACACUCCUUUCUCCCAAGUAAAUCUGUGUCACACACCUACAGGUAAUUUUAGUGUAUUAACAAAGAAAUGGCGGGUUUAGGCUGUUGAUGAAAACAACAUCAUAAAUGCCGCUCUGUGUUCUGUGUUGUAAUGGGUGUUAACCUCCUCCCUCCAGGAGUAAUACAAGAACACAUUUUAGAUGGGGUUGAAAUCUAAAAAAAAAGUUUGUGUGUACACUGAGUGGGACGUCUGUAAAUCGUGUUUUGUUGCAGAAAAAUCACCUAUGAACAUUUAUUCAGGGUCUCAAAUGUCUAUAUUUUUAUACCCACUCAGCUGAAAUGCUGCAAGAUGAUGACUGUGUCCUGUAAAACAGAAAGCGUUGCUUCAAGUGCUUCAUGCCAGUUCUUCAGAUUAUGUGGAAUGAGUACUGGAGAAGUUUCCCUCCAAAGUACCAACUAGUAUCUCUUUUCAUUAUUAACCAGCUUUUACCCUGACAUCCGUUUUCAAUGUCAUCUGGUCUUUGAGGGGACAGGGCCAUUUAUCAGUUUAUCAAUGGUUUUGAGUGAUGUACACACACAUUGCGCACCUUAAAAAGAUAUAAUAAAUCUAACAUUUGGACUUCCAUCAUUUGGAUUUUCCCACCAAGUCUGAACACUUGGAACAUCAUUCAAAUCAAUCGUGUAUAACAUAGGAUAUAUUCUCUGAAAUGUGUCAUAUAAGUUGAGUGGGCAGUGUAAAACAAAGGAGGAUAAAUGGUGCAGCUGGUAUUUUAGUACAAUACCCCUUUAGUGUACACAACACAUUUGUGACACAGCUCUGGUUUGAUGAUGAACAGGUGUAUUAUUCUAUCACUUGACAGAUGGUUGGCUUCACGUUUGAUAACCCCUGGAGUUGCGAUACCUGACUGCCAGUGUAAGCUGCGUAUGUGUGAUGUUACACAGAUGUGAUCCGUCAGCUAACCAUUUAAUUGCAAUCAUGCCUUACAUCUGUCACUCUUUAUCCCUUAUAAGCACUGAUGAACACAGCUAAUGAGAAAAUAAGUGAUUUUAACUCUCAAACAUACUGCAUCAAUACCAUUCUCCCAGAGAUUGUGUGUUUGAGUCAGUAGAAAGCACUUUAUUAACUUUUUUUUUUUUUGUAUUUUAAUGAAAUGUGUGCAUACACACCCACACGCAUAUAUAUUAAAAAAAAACCCUAGAUGAUAAAUUACAGAGCUUUGUGAGUUGGUAACGGUAAACAUUGUUUUUGAGUGUUAUCGCUAGCAAAUGGGCGUGAUCCAUCACUGCAUCAGAACUGAAUUGUGCUUGAAAGUGGUGGGUGAAACCAUUUAUUGUUUUGUUCUAUGGAUAAUGAUUGGGUUUUGUGUUUUCUUUGUGCUCACUAACAAGUUUCCCAGACCCUCGUCCUGCAGUCCUAAAUAACCCGACCCAUUGUUCCCUUCAAGUCAGUGGUCAUCAUAUUGGCAUUAGUCUUUAAAGUAUGCACAUAUGCUGUCUCCAUGAAAUUAAUUGUGGUAUAUAUUAAAAAAUCCCUGCAUUUCGUGUAUCUUAGUCAAUAUUUUCUUUCAGUCUGAAUGUGGAUAAACUACUGGUGGGGAAGAACCAAAAUAAACAAUUAUCUUUUUA